AUUUUGGGCAUCGACCAAUGCCUCAUUCUGUAGUAGUGUGGCCCAGCUCAUCCACUGGCGUGCCCCCAUCCUCCGGCGGCGGCUAGCCAGGCUCCUCCUCUGGUGUGCCCCCGGCUGCCAUUGGCUGGCCUAGCUCGUCCUCUGGCGCACCCCUAUCGGCCGGAACGUCAUCUGCUGGUGGCACGUCGUCUGCUGGGGACAGCUUUGGUUGGCAACGAUUUAAUGCUACAGCGACUGCUCUUUUUGGUCUGGACUGGAGGGAGACGACGACACCUGAACGCGUCGAAGAUGACCGCAUUGCUCCUAGCCGUGGUGGCUGAGGCGGGCGAGGUGGGCGAGGUGGUCGAGGUGCACGCUCACAAAAGCCUCCUGUUGUUCCUGCUGCCCCCCAACCGGACACUGUUGACCUCACCGAUUCAAGGUAAUUGUUGUUUUCUGAGUUGUACAGGGUUCAUUUGUAUGAUGCUUGUCAAUUGGUAUGAUGCUUGCACGGAUUGUGUGUGGCCCUGUGAACUGAAUGAUAGCAUUUGAAAGCUUCACGCUUUGAUGUAUUUGCCAUUAGCUAGCUAGUAGGCACGUGUGCACAGGUUGUCAACUAGAAUAUAUGCCAAGGACUAUAUACAAUAAUCUUUAGUACUAGAAUAUAUGCUCAUCUUUAGUACUAGAAUAUAUGAUAUCUAUUGUAAACUUGAGUAGAUAUAGCAGGCGAUAGCAGUAGAUGACCUUGUUCAAGUUAUAUGAGAGCUAGGUUCAGUUAAGAGCUUUGUCAGCUUAAUGCAUUUGAAAUCUGCACGCUUUAGUAGUAGUACGGGUAAUUAAAUAGUUCGAGUUCAACAGAAAGUUUUUUUGGCUAUAGAGUAGUGCCUGAAAGUUUUUGCUUUAGUGCUUGAAAAUUCUUUUUUGCUUUAGUGGUCUAUCUUGGUUUUUUAGUUACCAAUGUCAAAACUAGUUUAUUAGUUCAGAGACUACCUAGAGCUGCUUUGCUAUGUAGUUCAGUACUCAAUUUUUGAUGCCAUGUGCUAGGAUAAUGCUGAAAAUGGAAACCAGUAUUGGAUGGGAUGAAAAUACCUAGUGGUUUUUUGUUCUCCGAUUGGUCAGAUGAAAAUAUUAGGAUAGUUUGUGAGAAUUUUGCUGAUGAAGUACAAAAGGGAAACCGGGCAAACACUCACUUGAAUAAGACUAGGUACAAGAAUGUCAUUAAGAGGUUCAAAGAAAGUACUGGUUGUGAUUACACUAGAUUGCAGUUCAAAAACAAGUGGGAUAGGUUGAAAGGUGAUUAUGCUAUUUGGAAGAAACUCAGCAACCAUCAGACUGAUAUUGGAUGGGAUAAAUCGAAAAAGAACAUUCGGAUUGGUGUAGCACCGGCCCUAGCAAGUUUGUCAUGUGACAAUUCUCGAGUUAAUGAUGAAGAAGAAGCUGAUGAUGAUAGUGAGCCAGAACAAGAGACACCUAUUAGUAGUGCAAGGGGAAAGAGGAGUGGAGAGGCUGUUAACAGUACAGGAAAGAAACCAAAGACAAGUACAAGGCAUUGGUUACAGAAUCAAAUGAGGAAACUAGUGGACAUGAAUGAGAGGACCACGGCUUCUUGUGAGUCCAUUGCAAGGAGGGAAGUUAGAUCUGGGUAUUCCAUAGAGGAUGUAAUGGCCUUGGUUGUGGAGUGUGGUGCUGCUCCAGGAUCAAAUGAGCACUUCAUUGCAACUAUUCUUUUUACCAAGAGGGCUGAGAGACAGAUGUUCAUGACUUUGAGAACUCCUCGGGAUAGGAUUGAUUGGUUGAGGAAGAUACAUGAGUGGAUGACUAGAAAUGAUGUGCAUAAAUAGUGCAACACCAUUCAAAUAUUGAUGUGUUUGGACUAGAUUAUGCUUUUAAUUUAUUUGGAACAUCUGUAAUGUUGAAUGCUUCCUAUUUGGACCAGAUUAUGCUUUUUAAUUUGUUUGGAACAUCUGUAAUAUUGAAUACUUCCUAUUUGGACCAUAUUAUGCUUUUAAUUUAUUUGGAACGUUUGUAAUGUUGAAUACUUCCUAUUUGGACCAGAUUAUGCUUUUAAUUCAUUUGGAACAUCUGUAAUGUGUUGAAUACUUUUUAAAUUUAUUUGGUGCACUAGUAAUGUUUAUUUGGUUUAUUUAUGGUGGUUGUUUUUUUUGUGUG